AUGUUGUUACCAUUAAGUUCAUUUAAUCAUAUUAAAUUAUUUGAAAUUUUGUUAAAAGAAAAGAAAUAUGAAGCAAUUGAAGAAAUUUUUUUUAUACCAAUAUCCAAAUGUCCUCCAAGUCAAAUUAAACAAAUUAAUUUUUAUCUUGAUAAUGAAAAAUAUGAGCGAUUAAAUGUCCAGUUAAGAUCAUUAAUAAAUUAUAAUUAUGGAGAAGUUCUUAGAAAGAUAUUUUGGUUUUAUGAUAAUUUUACUAGAUGUUUUAAUUGUAAAAAUAUUUUAACAAAUACUGGUAUUGAACAAAAUUUAAAAUGUGUUUUAUGUCUUCAAAAAGUUUAUAAUAAUGAAAUUAAAUAUCAUAAAGAUUGUAUUAAAUUGGGAAAAGAUGUUGAUAAAUAUAAAAAUCAUAUUAUUGAUUAUAAAAAUAUAAAUAAGAAUUUGAAAAAAUUAUUUAAAGAAGAUAAAAUUUGUGAUUGUGGAGAAUGUAAAGAAUGUAAUAUUCGUUAUAAAGAAGCAUUAGAAGAAGUUUUGAAAGAUUUAAAAUCUGAU